UGCGGUUCUGAGCGGCGACAAGUCCUACUCGUUCACAUCAUCCCUGUCUCCAAUAUACCUACUCUUACCCUAGGUGGUCUAUCAAAGUCAAGCCUCAGACGCGUCCGAGCCCCCGAGUCAGGAUGUGCGCUACAAUAUCUUCUACCGAGACCGUCGUACACAAACGUGAGGCGGCACAGAGGAUCACUCGAUUGAUACCAGAUGCCAAUAAACCUGAUGCGACACCCAAGCGACUACUCAUCUGGAAAGGCUCCGUCGAGGAACUCCUUGGCUAUCGCACUGAAGAGAUACCGACAGCGGAAAGCUGGUGGCUGGCACGAAUCCAUCCGGAUGAUAUCUUUGAUGUGGUCGACAGCCUGUCCAAGAUCCUGGCUCCGGCUCCCGAAAGACCAUAUGCUUCAGAGGCUAGAAUAUGGGCUCACAACUACCGCUUCAAACAUGCUAAUGGUCAAUUCCUGUUGGUCUCGGAGAGAUCAAUCGUAGACAGAGGUGAAGCCGGCAAUGUGCUUAGCAUGACAAGCACAAUAUUCGAUGCAGAGAAGCGAAGGAUAGAACGGAAAGCUCACAGAGAAUUCUUGGACUCAAGGGAUCAAUUCAAACUCAUUGCCAACAACACACCUUCGGGUAUCUGGAUGAUGGACCCUCAGGGAUACACGACAUAUAUGAAUAACGCCGCGGAAACCAUCACAGGAUUCAAGUUCGAAGAGAUUGCAGGCUGGACUUUUCACGCGGCAGUGCACAGCUGCAGACCUGAUGGAAGCCCUUAUCCAGUAUCAGAAUGUCCUAUCUUCCGACACCAGCAAAAUGGAACCGAAGCCAAGAAUGAAAGCGAAGUCUUUGUCCAUAAACAAGGACAUCAUUAUGAUAUUGAAUACAGCGUCUCGCCAAUUGGCGACUAUGCGAGUGGUGGUGCAGUGAUCGAGUUCAGAGAUGUAACUUCGCAGAAGAAGUUGGAAAGAGAGCGAUUAGCUGCCAUCGUACAGAAUGAACAACAGUCUGUUCUUAUCAAGGCAUCCGAGGAUCACAAAGCCAACAUGGCUUCGUUCGUCUCAUUCGUGUGCCACGAACUCAGAAACCCUCUCCAAGGCAUUACCUCCAGCACAGAAUUCUUAUCCGAAACAUUGGAGAAGCUGGACGCCUUGACCAACAGUAUCGACUCUAAUAUCCGAAGCACUAAUUGCAUACCGGAUGGUGCUAUAAAUGGUACUUCGUCAGAAAUCCACACACAACGCAGAAGUAGCUCAAGACCGGCAGACGGCUCGAUAGCCGAAGAAAUUCGUGGUUUGGUGAACUACGCUCGUGAGCUUGUUUCCAACGUUGCUACAUGUGCGAGUCACCAGGCUUUGAUCACGAAUAACGUAUUGGAUCUGAGCAGACUUGACGCCGGCAAAGUCGAGCCUUCAUACGACAUUGUAGAUCUACGGGCCUUGUCCAAAGAAGCUGUCGGAAUGAUGGCUUCACGGGCACGUGUGAAAUCUAUCAACUUACGACUUGCUGAAGAUGACGCCUCGCCUCUGUACCUGAAGGCCGAUUCGACCCUCAUGUCUCAGAUUUUGCUAAAUCUCAUCGGCAACGCUGUCAAAUUCACGCCAGACAAUGGCAAUAUUAUAGUCGACAUCCAGUCUGAACCUGCCGAUGAGAGUGGGCGAGUCCUCCUGCGCGGUUCAAUAAAAGAUGAUGGUAUAGGCAUGUCCGAAGCCGAGCAACAGAGACUCUUCAAGCGCUUCUCACAAGCCAACAAGCGAGUCGCACAGACCUACAAGGGGUCAGGCUUGGGUCUCAGUAUCAGCAAAGAGUUGGUGAAGGUGCUCGGUGGUGAUAUGACCGUCAAGAGUGCUCCAGGCGUUGGAAGUACUUUCGGCUUCUUCACCAUGCAUGAUUGCCCAACCAAGAAAGAAAUGGCUGCGCUCCUGAAGUCAGGCGCAGGUAUUACUACGGUCGCCACAGAUCUUGAGAAGUUCGAGAUCAGCAAUUCGGCAGCGAUAGUGCCGCCUCCCAAGUUCAGGAAGGUUUGCGUUGCAGAGGACAAUCCGAUUAAUCUCCGUCAUCUAGCCAAGAACUUGGAGACUCUCGGUUACCAGUAUAUCUUGUGCAACAACGGCAAAGAAGCGCUGGACAGCUUCACACAACCGGAUUCAGAUAUCGACGCUGUGAUAAUCGACAUGAGCAUGCCAAUCAUGGAUGGCCUAGAAGCAACACGCCUGAUGCGUGAACAUGAGAUUUCUCCAUCAAACACCGAUCCCCAUCGUACACGCACACCGAUCAUCGCUCUUUCGGGCAACGCGAUGAAAGAACAGGUCCAAGAAGCCAUGGCAGCAGGCACGAGUGACUACAUGAUCAAGCCUUGUAAAAGAGCACAGUUGAAAACCAUGCUUGAUCAUUGGGAACGUAUUAUGCAUGAUGGCUCUGCACAUACACCGCUGGCUGUCAAGUGAUGAAGGCAGAGCGGAAAGAUUUGAGCAUCACAAUCAUGCAUUAGUUUGCAGCGACUGUCAAACGCCGAAGAGACUAACCGGGCGACCUCCGACCGGGAUACCAAGCUGACGAGCAUGUCGAAAAUCUGGUCGGCACAGAGAUUAGCGUAAAGACUGGCAAGGUCAAUUGGACUACAGGCUUAACGGCCACUACCAGCCUACUCGAAAGCAUUCAACGCGUCCCAUAUACAGGUUUUCAAAAAGGACGAAGGUUCUUGGGGGAUACCUUCGAUGGCCAGGUUCAAGACGCGUAUACAGAUAACUGGGAGUUAGAGGACAGCAGACUCCAAGUAUCUACAUAGAUGGGUAGAGAGAGACAAAGAUACAGUAGCUCCAUGGAAACCCCAUGCAAAUUACAUUUUAUCCUCGAGCCGCC